AUGGACGAGGACGAUGGUCAGCCGCACAAUCUCUCAUUUCCAAUUUUGCCUCAAGCGGACCUUGAAAGAGUAGCUCAAACUAUUCUACACCUGUUCUCCCCUUCCACUUCAUCCAAUCCCGAGUUAGCCAAACAUCUCCAACAUGAAUUGCAGCAAAUUCAGUCUGCUCAGGAAGCGUGGGGAUUGAUAGCUGGCCUAGCCGGACAUGAUGAUCCAAACGUCAGAUUCUUCGGUGCUCAUACAGCUCAAGUGAAGAUUUCCCGAGAUUGGGUGACACUCCCUGAAGAUCUCCGGCCCGCUUUAUUACCUCUACUUCUUGGCACACUGGGAAAUGCGAUAAACCCUUCAAAUCAACAUUCAUAUCAAUCAGCGAACGGAGUUGUCGUACGAAAACUCUUUGGAUCUCUUGCUUCACUCCUACUUCGUUUAGCAUUUCCCCAUUUCCUGCAUCCGAUCUUGACCGUCAUCCAAACUAUCCAUUCAGCAUUUGCAUCUUCCACCGCUCUUCCACCGUCGGCUCCAGGUUCAGGAUAUAAUACUCCUGGAUUGGCAGGUCCUAGUCAAUCUCCAUUCGAUGGUGUUCCUCCUCAACUCAGACACAAAGUCAGAUUGUUAGCGUUAGAAUGGUGUGCUAUCUGCAUAGAGGAAAUUGGGAGAGCUGGUUUAGCUGAACAACAACGACAACCUCUACGUCGGCAUAUAGAGAGUGAUCUGUCAGUCGUAGUCUCGACGAUAACCGAUGCGAUGUCAGGGGAUCUGAAUCUCAGUCCGAAUGAGAGAUUGAAAGAAGCGGAAGCAGCGUGCAAGUGCGCUGAAAGUUGGAUCGAUUGGGGAUUGGCGCCAGACGAGUUGAACGCGCUGCUACCGGCGUUGUAUAACCUACUUCCCAUGCCUGCCGCGUCUUCAGCUUUGGUGGAAGUUCUAUCGGAAAGUAUAUUCAAGUACGGUAAAGGGACGAAACUCCUUACUGAACCGAUGUUAGCUUGGGUGAUUGGUCCAUCUGGUCAAUCGUUAGUAGGGUCAGCAGAAGGAGAACCAUCUGAAGAGGUUAUAGGUUUCACCAAACUUCUUGCUGCUUUAGUGGAGCAUUCGUCCGAAUGGCUUGUGGCUCGAAUACAACAGAACGACGUCCAAGCUUUCCUGAGAGUGAUUCUACGCUUAACAGGAUGGCAAGGAUUAGGUAAUGUCGAAGAGAGUCUUAGUGAACUUACCUUGCCUGUAUACCCUCUAAUACAAGAGGCCAUCAUGGAUUCAUCUAUAUUUUCAUCACCGCACGAUACCUCUCCAGAAUGGGCGAUAGCCAAAGGAUUUUUCAGAGAAUUAGUGGAAAUCACAAGACGGAAAGUCAGAUGGCCAGGCCACGGUGAUCAAGGUGGAAGUAUUGGUGGAUUAGAUAAAGAAGAUAGAGAAGCCUUUGAAAGCUGGAGAAGAGAUGCAGGAGAAGUUAUCGUGGGAGCGUACUAUAUACUAAGAGACGAGAUGUUGGAUAGUUUGACCGAAAUUGCUGCUCGGGAAGUACAAAGUGGAGCUGCAUGGCAGGAUAUCGAAGCUACGCUACAUUGCAUACGGUACUCUUCAGAAGCUGUACCGCUGGGCGAAGAAAAGAGUCUACCUAUACUUUUCGGUGAACAAGUACUGGGCCAGUUAGCUCAGAGACCAAUCAGAGGGAAAGGGGAAGAGAGACUGAGGUUGACUGUUGUAUGUUUGAUCCAAUCGUACGAAGAAUGGUUCAAAUUCCACCCUGCCCAUUUACCACCUGUACUCUCAUAUCUCGUUCCUUCUUUGUCCUCUUCGUCAACCAUCUCUCGAUCAGCAGCAGAUGCCUUGAAGGCAUUGUGUGAUAUGUGUAGAAAGAGAUUGGUAGAACAUAUAGGCGCAUUUGCCGACUUACAUGGUAAGAUAGGGGAUUUAGGGGCUGAAGAACAGAGUAAAGUCAUUCAAGGUAUAACAAGUGUCAUACAGGCUUUAGCACCUGCCGAUGCUGUUGGACCGGUCGAGGGAAUAAUAUCGCCAAUACUUUUACGAAUAUCAUUAUCUCUACAGCAGUACUCGGUCGAUCCGUCAAAUGCUCGAUCUUCACUUGUACAGUCUACCGCCGCUUUGACGGCAUGUUUCAAGGGGCUGUCACCAUCCGAGGAUGAUAUGUUUGAUACUACGGACGAAGGAGACGAAGCCGCUAGGGAAGAGGCUAUAUUGGCCGUGAGAGGGGAUUCGAGGAUUGUAGAACUGAGAAGAGGAAUUGAAAGUGCUGUUGAAGGAUUAGUAGGGGUCGUGGGAAAAGGUGAAGGUGACGCGGAAGUCGCUGAUGCCAUUUCGUCUCUGCUGAAACAUGCUACACUCUCAUCAUCGACUUUGAUAUCUCUUUCACCCCUCCCAUUACUUUCGUUGGUCUGUAUGGCUUGCGAAAGAUCCCCCUCCGCACUGUGGAUGUCUUUAGCAUCCACUCUUACCCUGAGGAUCAACGCUCCGGUAACAAGCUUCGCAAAGAAAAAAGAGAAGAAUGAAGAGAUCAAACGACAGGAAGAAGAGGAACAAGUCGGACGAUGGAAUGUGGUGGGUGACGUGGCAGGAAGACUCGUUGUGGUAGCCGGAAGAUUCUUGGAUGGCGAGGGGAUGAAAGAGCAUCCGGACGUAGUUGAGGGAUGGUUCAAAUUCUGUUCAUCGCUUGCAUCACGCUUUCCUGGAGUAUUAUUGCGUUUACCACCGCAGAUGGUAGAAGGAUAUAUGUCAUUGGGUUUGAUGUGUUUGGGAACUCAAGAAAGGUUCUCUUUAAAAGCGGCAUCGGAAUUCUUUGUGGCAUUAUUGGCUAAUACUCGAUUUCCAUCACCGCUCGAAUCCCUCUCCGAUCCAAUAUUAGCUCAUUUUGGUCCGAUGAUCCUUAGAGCUUUGUUGUUAUGUGCGGGAAGUGAAGGACCAAGAUCUGUUAUCCCAAACAUGGCAGAGUUAUUGUCUGCUUUAGUAGGAAGAGUAAAAGCUGAUGAUAUGGCUGGAUGGCUGGAUGGGAUAUUGAAUCAGGAUGGGUUCCCUGAUCCUAGAGCUACACUUGCAUCAAAAAAGAAAUUGAAAGAAACUAUCUUGAGAUUGCGCACAGCCAGGAAGAUGAGAGAGGCAUUACAUGAGUUUGCUCUGGUGGCUAGAGGACUAGAUGGAACUACGUAUGGAAACGCUACAGCCAUAUAG